UUCUGCAAAAUGAACUGUUUUAAUCAGAGGUUAAGACGCACGGCUCCUAUAUGCAGCGGUGGCAGUAGAAAUGAUCUGGUGCCCUCCAAACCCGCUCGGAUGAAUGGGUGGUCUUGGCCUCCUCAAGUGGCACAAGUCAUAGGCUGGCUUAUGUUCAUCUAUAUGGCCAUUGUGAGCUUUGGCAUCUAUGUCCCUCUCCUGCCCCCGCCGUGGAACCAUGUUGCCUAUGCGCUCAUAGGAAUAGCAUUUGUUUUACAUUUUGUUACUCAUUUAGUAGCCGAGAUCAUAGACCCGGCCGAUGUGAGUGUGAGAGCUAAACAGACCUACUCCAAUCCAGUGCCACUGUUCGAUCGGACCAAGCAGUCUCAUGUCAUCCAAGACCUGCACUGCUACCUGUGUGACGUCAAAGUGGGUCCAAAGGUGAAACAUUGUGGUGUGUGCAACAAAUGUGUUCAAGAUUUUGAUCAUCACUGUAUAUGGCUGAACAACUGUGUUGGUGGACGAAACUAUUGGUAUUUUUUCGUCGCGUUGUGUUCAGCUACAUUUGGCACACUACUGUUGAUUAUAGUAAUUUUAUUUAUAUUCAUCCAGCACUAUCUGGAUCCAGACAACUUGAGGACUGCUCCACAAUUCAAUAAUUUGCUGACAAACGAGACCUGGUUGGUAUUUUUGCCCGCAGCUCCUCUAAAGACCACAUCGGCUGGUCUCCUUGUUGUAGCCUUCAUUACAGUCUUAUUGAGCCAGGUCAGUCUGCUGCUGCUUGGUCAUCUAUUAGGCCUCCAUCUUUACUUAUUGUACAAAGGGAUAAGCACACACGAUCAUAUCAAAAUGCAGCGACAAAAACAAGCCAGGAACAAAGAUCUUGAGGUGGAAAGAUCCAGUGAAAUAAAUCAUCAUAACAAAGCUGCAAAGAGUCAAACACACUCCAUUAAUUGUGAACCAACCCCUAAUUCAAGUGUUUGUGGCAGUCGCCUUUCUGAGUUUGCUGAGAUACAUGUGCCUGUUUUUGUUUAG